AUGAGGCCAGCCAGCCACUCACUCACACUGAACCGCGUCUCUCCUCCGUGGCUCCGCCUCUUCCCCCCUUCUGGUUUUGAGGCGCCUCAAAACUUGGCCUCCGUGGCUCCGCCCCUUGCCCUUUUGUGCAGAGAUCUGUCUGCGGCCAUCAGUGGCAACCGAGCUGUCAGUGGGCAUGUCAAGGGGCGAUACCAUGACAUGAUGAAGCCAGAGUCCUCACAGCUAGAGACCUUUCUGCAGCCAUCGGUGGCGAAGAGCCGUCAGUCAGUGGGCAUGUCAAGGGAGAUCUAUCUGAAGCCAUCAGUGGCGAACGAGCUGUCAGUGGACAUGUCAAGGGGCGAAACCAUGCGCAUUAAUCUGGACGUGACCUUCCCGCACCUUGGCUGUGCCAUUCUCAGUCUAGACGCCAUGGAUAUCAGUGGGGACCAGCACCUCGACGUGGUCCAUAACGUGUACAAGCGGCGGCUGGACAAGAAUGGGCGGCCGAUAGAGUCACAGGGGACGAAGCACGAGGUGGGGGCGAAGCAUGAGCCGGUGAAGCUGAAGGACAAGCACGGCAACGAGGUGGACGAGAAGCACGAGAACCUGUGUGCGAGCUGCUACGGUGCUGAGGAGCACGAGCACGACUGCUGCAACACUUGCGACGAAGUGAGGGAAGCGUAUCGUAAGAGAGGGUGGGCGUUCACCAACCCAGACUCCAUCGAGCAGUGCAAGAAGGAAGGCUUUACCGAGACCAUCAAGGCGCAGGAAGGCGAGGGGUGCAACAUGUACGGGUUCCUGGAGGUGAACAAGGUGGCAGGGAACUUCCACUUUGCGCCGGGGAAGAGCUUUCAGCAGGGAGGCUUGCACGUGCAUGACCUCAUGCCCUUCCAGCACAUGACGUUCAAUGUAUCGCAUGUGAUCAACUCGCUCUCCUUUGGAGCCAAGUUUCCAGGCCUAGUCAACCCCCUAGACGGGGUGAAAUGGAUACAGGAGAAGGACCCCGGCAUGUAUCAGUACUUCAUCAAGAUCGUGCCAACCCUAUACACGGACGUUUCAAACCACACCAUUUCAACCAACCAGUUUUCAGUGACGGAGCACUUCCGGCCGUCAGAGAUGGGUCACAGCCUGCCAGGCGUUUUUUUCUUUUACGACCUCUCACCCAUCAAGGUUCGCUUCACAGAGCAGAACACAUCCUUCCUCCACUUCCUCACUAAUGUCUGCGCAAUCAUAGGAGGAGUGUUCACUGUGACUGGGAUAAUAGAUGCUGUGGUUUACCAUGGGCACAAGGCUAUCAAGAAAAAGAUGGAAUUGGGAAAGCUUAGCUAA